AUGUAUGUUGACGAUGUUUUGUCUGGUGCCCAUACAAUUGAAGAUGCAAAAUUUGCUCAAAAUGAAAUGAUUACGGUGUUAGAUUCCGCAGGAUUUCCGUUGAGGAAAUGGAUAUCAAACUCACCUGAUCUGUUAAACAUUUUACCCAAAGACCAUUUACUCGAUGUGGAUUUACUAACCCUUCCAGAUUCCCAUAAUACUAAAACCCUAGGUAUUCGAUGGAAUGCAAAAGAAGAUUUCUUUUUCUUUAGCGUACCCACUAUCGAGAAGAGAAAUGCUUACACAAAACGCUCAGUCUUAUCUGAUAUCGCUCGUCUGUUUGAUCCAGCGGGCUGGUUAGCACCAAUUGUUGUGUCUGCUAAGAUCAUCAUGCAACAAGUAUGGCAGGAUAACACAGACUGGGAUGAAUGUCUAAAACCACUGACCCUUACAAAAUGGUUGAACUUCUUAAAAUUUUAUGAUGAUAUAAAUAAAAUUCGAAUCCCAAGAUGGAUUAAUUUUAAACCCACAUCAAAAAUAGAAUUUCAUGGCUUUUCAGAUGCUUCAGAAAAAGCUUACUCAGCAGUUUUAUAUGUGCGAGUUACACCCAUUGAUGGCCCAAAUAUAAUUACCCUACUCUUCGCUAAAACACGAGUUGCGCCCAUUAAAGUUCUGUCAAUACCCAGAUUAGAAUUAUGUGGUGCAGUGUUGUUGGCAAACAUGGUCAACAAUGUAUUAACCCAACUCAAAUUACCCCUACAUCAAGUAUAUUUUUGGACAGAUUCAACAAUUGUUUUAGCUUGGCUUAGUAAACAUCCAAAAUCAUGGGAAACAUUUGUCGCUCAUCGUGUUGCUACUAUAUCGGACACCGUCGGAGUGAACAACUGGAACCACGUCGUGUCGCACGAAAAUCCAGCCGAUCUUGCCAGCCGUGGAUGUACUGCCGAAGAGCUGAUAGACAACAGUUUAUGGUGGACCGGACCCUCAUGGCUAAAGGAAUCUGCGUCCAAAUGGCCAACUAUGACACAACCCUUCAUAACUCAAGCUGAAACUGCUCAAAGUUACGCAAACACAGUAACAACCCAAAUAGACAUUCUUAAGGAUUUUUCAAAAUGGUCUAGAGCUCUUCGAGUCUUUUCAUAUGUUUAUCGUUUCUAUGAUCGAAUCUCUCGUACCCGCAGAAAGUUGAACCAGCAUCAAAAAGUAGAACUCGACCGAGUUACACAUUCUGAACCCAGAGACAGUCUUAAAGUUCUGUUCACACACCCUAGUAUUCAACUGGAUGCAGAAGAGAUUACUAAUACAAAAGAUAAACUUAUAAUAAUAUGUCAGACUCUAUAUUACCCUGAAGAAUAUAUUUGUUUACAGAGGAAAACUCCACUACCCGGAAAAAGUACUCUUAUUACCCUAACACCCUAUUUAGAUUCGAAGAACAUUAUACGUGCAAAUGGUCGUUUAGCAAAAUCAAGCUGUUUAUCAUAUGAUGAAAGACACCCAAUUAUAUUACCCUACAAAAGUUGUUUUACAAGAUUGUUGACAAGUCACGUUCACUUAAUAACUCUACACGGAGGAAAUCAAGCUAUGCUGCGAGUUAUACGGUCGGGCUAUUGGAUUCCAAAGCUCAAAAAUCUUAUACGCUUCAUAGUUGAUAAAUGUACCCAGUGCACAAGAUAUAGACAUCGCCAAACUACCCAAUUAAUGGCGGCUUUACCUCCAGAACGUACUCAAUUGUCGAGACCCUUUUGCAACACUGGAGUUGAUUUUGCUGGACCGUUUGACAUAAAAACGUAUGCUGCCCGAGCAUGUAAAGUCACCAAAGGUUACAACCAACGUCAGACCUAUCUACCCAAGCAUUCAUGGCAUUCAGACAACGGCACUAACUUUGUUGGUGCUUGUCAACUACUCAAGAAAGAGCGGCAGGAAUUCUUUAAACAAUUGAGAAGUUCUGUUAUUGCAGCUAAUAGUUUUCAAAACUUGAUUUGGCACUUCAUUCCACCCGGAGCUCCACACAUGGGAGGCUUAUGGGAAGCUGGAGUCAAAAGCUUCAAAAGCCAUCUUAAGAAGUCAAGAAUUACCCGACACACAUUUGAAGAAUUCGCUACCCUACUUACAAGAAUUGAAGGAUGUCUAAAUUCGAGACCACUUAGCCCAUCAAGUGAAAACUCACAGGACUUAAACCGAUUAACCCCAGGUCAUUUUUUGAUAGGUUCACCCAUGUUAACACCUGCCGAACCCGAUUGUAGUGAUGGAAACGUUACUAUAGCAAAUAGAUGGCAAAAACUGAGGAUUCAACAUCACCACUUCUGUCGAAGAUGGAAAGAUGAAUACCUCAAAGAGUUACACAAGAGAUAUAAGUGGAAAUACCCUCAGAGAGAAAUUGCAGUAGAUGAUUUAGUUGUCAUUAAACACGACAACAUACCUCCGAACGAAUGGUCGCUUGGUCGUGUCGUUAAAACUGUUCCCGGUUCUGAUGGACGUAUCAGAGUCGUUGAACUGAGAACCUCAACAGGAAGUUUAAUCCGACCGAUAACUAAAGUUGUCGUUUUACCCACUAGUUAG